UCUUCAAUAUGGUGGAAAGAUCUUAAAAAAAAUUUAAAAAUGAUUAUGUGGCUUUAGUGCUAAUUGGUUUUCUAGGAAUCUUAAUUCACAAAUUAAGAAUGGCAAAGUUGUUUGACUUUGGUGUAGAAAUAAAUGUUCGGUUAAAGAGGCUUACAAUUUCAUUCUAGAAAGAGUAAACUCCGAAUCCAAUAAGUCUAUUGUUGUUGCUUGGAAUAAUCUUGUCCCAUCUAAAGGGUCAGUAUUGGCCUGAAGACUUUUUCAAAAUAGGAUCCCCUCAAAGGAUAAUUUAUUUAAAAGAGACAUUCUAAUCGAGUCUCACCUUAGAUGUUCUGAUGAUGAUUGUGGUUCGGUUGAAAGUGCAUAUUCUUUUAUUGCCCACUAUAUUCCACUCUGUGGCAGAAAAUCCUUUUGUGGUUGAACAUAUCAGUUUCUAUGCAUAACUCUGCCAUUACAUUGCUAUGCAUUACUCUGCCAUAACUCACUUAGCACAAUUUGCCGGCCUGUUAGGUAGAGGUAGAGCGAAGGAGAAUAGAGUUUUUGUUAUCUGGUUUGCGUGCAUUUGGGUGAUCUGGAAGUGAUGUAAUAAAAAGAUUUUCAGAAACUCUAGACAGUUAUUAAACACUUUCUUUGAUGAAAUCCAAGUGUUAGCUUGGAAGUGGAUUAAGUCUCAGUUCAAAGGCUUCAACUAUUUCUUGAGUCAAUGGAUUAUACCUUUAAAAGCAAUUGUGUUUGUAUCUGGUUAGCCUCUAACAUUUCUUACAGCCUCAUGUUUCAUGGUCUGCAUUGGUCAUUUGUUUGUUGCAACCAGGAUUUUUAUGAUUAGAUCAGUGUGAUUCCUUGUGGUGUUUUCGGAUGCUUUAGGUGUGCUGGUUAUCGGUACCGGCUGACUUUUGCUCGGUUCGCUUAGGGAGGCGGUUCAUUGUUACCAGCAGUAGCUCUACUUGGUGUAACAUCUGCAAAAGUUUUCUAAUUUAUCUGUCUUGGAUUUCUCCUGAUGCAGUCUAGGAUUCUGUUUUGAGCUUUCAGUUUCAGCUUGCAGCUGGUUUGGAAUUUCCUGACGUGGUGUUUGGUCUGUUGGAACUUUUUUUAUUGUCCUAGUCUGAAAACGCACUUCCGCCUAGGAGAUAUGCGCAAGGUUCUAGUGAAAACAUAAAUCAAACAAAGGAAUUAGGUUCUCAAUCUAUGAGUUCCCCACCAAAGCGUCUGAGUCAAUCAGUGACUGAUGUGGAGACAAAUCUUGUAAGAAAAGCACCACAUGGACAAAUCAACUUGGUAGGUAAACAUCAAAAGAAGUAUGCUACACUCUCAAGAAAAAAGUUCAAAUACCAUCAUGGUGCUUCUGUGAGACGGUCAGAACGCAUUAAAAGCGGAGUUGCUAAGUCUCCCAACCCAAAGCAAGGUGCUGAAUGCAUUGUAGACGUAACUGUUAGCGACAGUGAGGUAGAUGAACCAGAAACUCAAGCUGAGCAAGUGUUACGACAGACAAAGUCGACGGUUACUCAAAUUGAGCUAGUGCAAGUAUUGCCACAGGAAAAUACUCAAAUUGAGCAUGUAUUACCGCAGCCAAAUGCUCGAACUGAACAAGCAUUGCCAGAGUCUCAGCCUGCUGAAAAUUUAAGUAAAAAAGGCUUGGAUGAAAAAGUUGAAUAUGCCUUACAGGAAAUAGACGCGUUGUAUAAGAUCAUAGAGGUGUUGAAAUCCAAGGUCGAUGGAAAUGAUGGAAAUGCGAACUCAUGUGAAGCCCCGUCAACAGCGGCACCUAUCAGUUACCGGACCAUGUACAUUGAUUCACAGAAGAAGAUUGAAGCUUUAUCAAAUGAAAAUCAACAACUAAAAGAACAAUUGGAAAAUGCUCUAGGAAAAGUUGAAAUGUAUGAAAAAGAGAAUGGUGUUUUAAGUGAGCUAUUGGACAAAAUGAAGGAUACUGUUAAUCAACAGCUUUCAAAUGUGGCAAAAACCACUGAAGCUGCAGUUUUUGCGUCGACUCAAGAAAUCGACAAUGCAUAUUCAGCUUCUGCGGCUAAAAGAAAGAGAACUGAAGGCUGAUGAGGGAAAGAGCUAAUGCUGCAUAACUUUUUUGUAUCAUAUCACAAACUUGAUACCUAAAUGUGCUUGCUUGAUCUUAGAAUUUGUGCCUAACUUUUUAGACUUGUUUUUUGUAUGGAUUUUUCUCUUGUUUUAACUAGAUGUUUUGAAAUUUUGUGUGG